CCCGGCCCCGUCCACACGCACCGGCCCCAAAUAGAAAAUACGUUGGGCACACAUUCCUCUCCCCCUCCAUCGAUUACGCCCGACCGAGACCGCCCGCCCGCCCGCCUUCUGUUUCCUAAACUUUGCGUGUGUUUUGAAGCCUUCUCCACGCCCAUGUAGCGUUGCUGUCUGUGGAGGUUUCAAGUUGCUUCUCCUCCCCCGGCCUCGGGGGCGUUCGCCGGACCCGGGAUCGUCAUCCUUUUAUUUUUUAAAGUGUUUUAUUUGUGUGUGUGAGUGAGUGAGUGAGAGAGGCGAGGGGGAAGUGGUCGUUUCUCUUUGACUGUUAUUUCCAGUAAACUUUCUUUAUUUGGUGGAGGGGCGGGGUCGGACCGUCGUCGUACAACACCAUGCCGCAGCCGAAGUCUCGGAAGGUUGCGAUCCUGGGAUACAGAUCAGUGGGGAAGUCGUCUUUGACUAUCCAGUUUGUUGAAGGGCAAUUUGUGGAUUCGUAUGACCCCACAAUAGAAAAUACAUUUACUAAACUGAUCACGGUGAAUGGGCAAGAUUACCACCUGCAGCUUGUGGACACAGCUGGACAGGAUGAAUACUCUAUCUUCCCUCAGACGUAUUCCAUUGACAUUAAUGGGUACAUUUUGGUAUAUUCAGUUACAUCUAACAAAAGUUUUGAGGUGAUCAAAGUGAUUCAUGAAAAAUUGCUGGAUAUGGUGGGGAAAGUUCAAGUGCCCAUUAUGUUGGUUGGAAAUAAGAAGGACCUACAUAUGGAAAGGGUGAUCAGUUUCGAAGAAGGGAAAAGCUUAGCAGAUUCCUGGAGUGCUGCCUUCAUGGAAUCUUCUGCUAAAGAGAAUCAGACCGCAGUUGAGGUGUUUAAGCGAAUAAUCAUGGAGGCAGAGAGGGCAGAUGGAGGCUGUCAGCAAGCAAAGUCUUCAUGCUCAGUAAUGUGAGCCCUGAAGACAACACAGAAACUGCUUUACUUGAAGAGGCUUUCUGCCACUCUCCCUUCAAAUAAAAAAAACUCUGCCUUUCUUUCUACCAGUUCGACAGAUGGUCAGAGACUUCCUUUUUUCCCCUCACUUGCGUUCAAUUCUGACCCUUUUAGCAAAUGGCUUCACUUCUGCGUUUAAAAAAAAAAAGUACUUAAAGGCAAUUCCUAUUUUUCGAAUUGUACAUUGUAUUUCUUGACGAGCAAUGAGUAGUCAUUUGCCAACAUUCAUUUUCCAUGUAGUAUGAAUGUCAGUUGGGAAGUAGAUUGUAAACUUAAAGCGUGCAUAUUGUUACACUACUAUUUACACACGGGAUUGGAUAUAUCAGUGUUUUUCCUCAUGUGUUGUAUGUAUACUUGUAAAUAAAAGUUAGCAGCAAACGGAUUUGUUUUUAAUACUUGCUGGUAGAAAUAUACUGUAGGAAGACUUUUGUUUAUACCAGAUUUUCUGUAUUAUACAAAGGUAUUUUAAAAACAAUCGAUUGGGUUUUAUUUAUGAGCUUACAGUUUUGUUCUUGCUCUGAAAGCAGCUCACGGGACCCUAACGUUGACUGACACUUGCUUUUUGUUCUAACUAGUGUACUUUUUUUAAAAGCAUACCAACCUUCAUGAAUUGGAAGACAGUAGUUCACUGUGUGCUGGUUUCUACUGUAUUUCAAUGGGGUUUCAGCAGUCAAAAUUGAGAUUUGGGAGGUCUAACAUGCAAUGCAACAAAAUGUAUAUAUUUAUGAAAUUGCCGUUCAGCUGGGUGUGAUUUUUUUUUUUUUUUCUUCUCCAAAACAUAACGUGAUUAAUGUUGUUGACAAUCUGCAGUAGUACUAUUGCCUUAUAAUCUACAUUCUUAAACCCACUGCCCUUCAUUAAUUAUUUGCAUCGGUACCUGUGUAUAAAUCAUCACACGGACCGUCUUUUAAUUUCCAUUCUGAGGCAUAAGUGAAAACAAAUUGGUUUCUCACUUUUUCGUCAAUCUACAAACCCCACUGAAGGAUUGGUAAUGUCCUAUUCAAUCAUUAACUGUAAUUUCUGCAUACAGGGUAAUUUAAAGUGGGAUUUAGUCCUUGCGUAGAUGAGAUUUGUUCACCUGCAGAAAUGGAAAUAUUUGUGUUUUAAGUUAAAGAAAGAUGAAAUAUUAGUUUGUCUCUAGUGUAAAUUUGUUGCAAUUCCUACUGAUCUGUACACUUGGGCAAUGCAAUUUACAACACAUGAUGAAAAUAUUGCUAUGAUUGGUCAGAAAUGCAAUAAAAAUAUUUUAAUUUCACCUCA